UGGCCCUGGCUCCGGCACCCGGGAAGGGCGACGCUGGUGACCCGCAGCGCGAGAACUCAGGGGGUGGGAAGGUGUGAGCCGCAAACCCAGAGGAGGGCGGGAAGGAGGAGGAGGCCUCGGGGGGUGGUCCGGGGGACUGGGGUCCAGCCGGCAGAGGUCCCGCGGCCUCCUGACUGACUGACUGACUGGCGGGCCGACUGUCUGCGGCCGCCUCGGGCCGGGACGCUGGGAGCUGCCUGUGUGCGGGCGGCGCGAUGAGCGGAGCCAUGGCCUCAGGUGGAUAUAACCCCUAUAUAGAGAUAAUUGAGCAACCCAGACAGAGGGGAAUGCGUUUCAGAUACAAAUGUGAAGGACGAUCAGCAGGCAGCAUUCCAGGGGAGCACAGCACAGACAACAACCGAACAUACCCAUCUAUCCAGAUUAUCAACUAUUAUGGAAAAGGAAAAGUGAGAAUUACAUUAGUUACAAAAAAUGACCCAUAUAAGCCACAUCCUCAUGAUUUAGUUGGAAAAGACUGCAGAGAUGGUUACUAUGAAGCAGAAUUUGGACAAGAACGUAGACCUUUGUUCUUUCAAAAUUUGGGUAUUCGAUGUGUAAAGAAAAAAGAAGUAAAAGAAGCUAUUAUUUCAAGAAUAAGCGCAGGAAUCAAUCCCUUCAAUGUCCCUGAACAACAGCUGCUUGAUAUUGAAGAUUGUGACCUCAAUGUGGUGAGACUGUGUUUCCAAGUUUUCCUCCCUGAUGAACAUGGUAAUUUGACAACUGCUCUCCCUCCUGUUGUAUCUAACCCAAUUUAUGAUAAUCGUGCUCCAAAUACUGCAGAAUUAAGGAUUUGUCGUGUAAACAAGAACUGCGGAAGUGUAAGAGGAGGAGAUGAAAUAUUUCUACUUUGUGACAAAGUUCAAAAAGAUGACAUAGAAGUUCGUUUUGUAUUGAAUGAUUGGGAAGCAAAAGGCAUCUUUUCACAAGCUGAUGUACACCGUCAAGUAGCCAUUGUUUUCAAAACUCCACCAUAUUGCAAAGCUAUCACAGAACCAGUAACGGUAAAAAUGCAGCUUCGGAGACCUUCUGACCAGGAAGUUAGUGAAUCUAUGGAUUUUAGAUAUCUGCCAGAUGAAAAAGAUACUUACGGCAAUAAAUCAAAGAAACAAAAAACUACUUUACUUUUCCACAAACUGUGGCAGGAUUGCGUUAAUUUUCCUGAGAGAUCAAGACCAGGUUUCCGAGGACCAGGAGAAGGAAGAUUCAUCAAAAAAGAAUCAAACUUCUUUCCUCAUGGUGCAGUUCGGACAGAAACAGGGGUUUCCAGUCAAGCAGAAUCCUACUAUUCCUCACCUGUGUCCAUCUCCAGUGGAUUUUCACACCAUGCUUCAGCCAUAUCCUCAAUGGUACCUCAGUCUUCCUCAAGCUGGUCAUCAAUGGCCCACUCCACCUCACGCUCAGUCAAUUCAAAUCCACUCAGUAGUUUUUCAACAGGAAUGCUUUCUUCUAAUUCACAAGGUAUCCCACCAUUCCUGGAAAUACCUCCUGGCAAUGAUUUAAGUGCUUCUGAUGCUUGCAUUUAUAACAGUACUGAUGAAAUAAGCACGAUGGAAGCAUCACCCAUAUCAUCAGCUGACUUAUAUGGUAUUUCUGAUGCCAACAUACUGCCUAACUGUCCUGUGAAUAUGAUGACGACCACUGGUGACGGCAUAGGGGAAACUGAUAAUCCAAGACUUCUGAGCAUGAAUCUGGAAAACCCUUCAUGUAAUUCAUUGUUAGACCCAAGAGACUUGAGAGAGCUCCAUCAGAUCUCCUCCUCCAGUUUGUCAGCAGGCACCAGUUCUAAUUCUUCUGUUUUUGUUUCACAAUCGGAGGCAUUUGAGCGAUCUGACUUUAACUGUACAGAUAACAAUAUGAUAAAUGAGUCUGGACCAUCAAACAGUACUAAUCCAAACAGUCAUAAUUUUGUUCAGAAUAGUCAGUAUUCAGGUAUUGGCACUAUGCAAAAUGAGCAACUGAAUGACUCCUUUGCGUAUGGGUUUUUUCAAGUAUAAUUUGCAAGGUUUAAAUGUUUGUAGUUAUUUUGAUACUACCUUUAGAGAUGCAACAUUUUCUGUCUAAGAAUAUAAUACAGAACUAGGUUUUUGUUUUGUUUUAUUUGUUGAGGGAUGAUAGUCCAAAAAUUUGUCUUUCAGGGAAGAAGUGCAAAACUUUGGGUACAAAGAAUAUAAAACUGGAAACUGCCAUAAAAGGAAAAUUCAGAAGUAGAAACUUAAGGGCUUUACUGUUUCUUCUAUUUAAUGAUACAGCUUGAUACCAUGUGUGAUGUGAAUUCUUGUCUCUAGAGUCAUACCACAUAGCCCCAGGACAAACAGGAGAAUGUUAAAGCAAGGUUCCAGUUUUUCCAAGUGUGCUUUUUAUUUUUUUAUAAUGUAUUAAUGUAUUCUUAGUUAAAUGAAUUAACUGAUAAUUUGCUGUCAAGCAAAUUUAAGGUAAAACCUGUAAUGGCUAUGUCAUUGGAAAAAUUAAUUCCUUGUUUUUGAGGCCCUUGGGCCAAGGUGACCCCUAAGGGGUUUUCUGUGGCUUCUUGGAAUUUCGUAGAUUUUUAUGUCAAAAGUUCCUUCAAAUGUUAAGUUGGGCAGAAGGCAGUUGAAGUGAGCUUUUGAGGUAUGGGAGAUUUUCUACAUUUUAUACUAUUUAAAUCCAUACCUUUAAAGUUCCUUAUGAUUUUAGUUUUAUAUCCAUAAUAUUAAGGAAAGAAGUUUCUUUGAAUCUCUUUCCCUGUGAUCUCAAAACUGCCUAUUUGACAUCUCUAUCUAGAAAUAGAAUAAAAACUCAAACUCAAGAUAUGCAAACCUAAAUUCUUAAACUUCCCUCCCAAACCUGCUUUGCCUUCAGUCUUCCCCAACUCAGUAAAUGGCAAUGCCAUGCCUCUCAUCGCUCAGGCUUGGAGUCUUCCUUGAUUCUUUGUUUUUAUCUCCCAAUCCAGAAAAUCCAGUAGGCCUUACCUUCGUGAUGUUUUCAAAACACAGCACCUCUUGGACUUCCACUAUUAACAACACCCUAAUCUAAGCCACUGUCAUCUCUGGCCUGGACUGAAACUAUAGCUUCCAAAACCCCUCCCUACAUCCUUAUACCCCAACAGCCUGUUCCCCAUAUGGUAGCCAAAGUGAUCGUUUUACAUACAGGUCAGUCAUGUCAUUUGUCUGCCCCAACCAUUCACUGGUUCUUCAGCAUAUUCUGAGUAAAAUUCAUAAUCCUUAAAAUUACCAGGCUUGGACUCAGGAGCUACCACCUUUCACCCCUGUACAGCUACAGACAUUCUGACCUCAGUGUUGCUCCUAAAAAGCACAAAAUAUAUUCCUGCCCCAGAGUCUCUGUUCUUGGUAUUUCCUCUGCCUUGGAAUACUCUUCUCCCGGAUGAAUAGCUCAUCCCCUACGUUCUUCAGGUCUCACUUUUCUGUUAUCUGGUUAAGGUUGUCUUUGCAUAUAUAUCAGCAUUGACCUCUCCCCCUGCCCUUACAUAGGUCCAUUUUACUUAUCAUUAUCUGACUUUACUAAGCAUUGAUUUGUUACUGUUUGUUUUCCUCUAUUGGAAUAUAAGCUCCAUGAGGGCGGAAUUUCUUUGUGUUUUGUUUAUUCUUGAACCUCCAGUUCAUUGAACAGUGUCUGCCUCAUAUUAAGCACUUGGCAAAUAUUUAUUGAACAUUCAAAGUAUUCCUAUUAGAACUUUGAUUUUUGAAAGAAAGAAUAGCUUUACUGAUUCAGUGUUCAAGAUUUUUUACAUCUUGUCUAUUAUGAUGUUGAGUUUAUAUUAGAAUUAUAUACACUCAAGUCCAGGAUUGAUAAUGAUAAUCCAUUAUUCAAAUUGUUUGAAAGCAAAACAAUCACAGUGGUAAAAUGGUGGUAGAAUUUGGGCAAUAACAAUCUCAAUUGUAAUAAACUGUCAUGUUUAGUGACUAACUUAUUAAAGACCUGGUUUGUCUUAGAACUAGAACCUAUCCUGAAGAUUGAGCAUAUUCAUAACUAGAAACAGUUUGUCAUUUCCAAUGUCCAACCAAACUAUAAAUCUACAUAAACUGGUUAAUUUGUUUGAAAUGGGGUAUGUGUGAAUGCCAUAUAAAUAAGAAUUUUGAGUUGAAUGAUACUGGAUAGUAAGAAGGGAGAGCAAGAUACUAAUUAGAAAACAAAAGAAAAAUAUUAAAGACCACUAAAUACUGUUAGUGUUUCUCCAAUUAUUAGUUCAAAAGGAAAUCUUUCCAUCAUAUAAAUUCUAAAAAUCUUAAGUACAUAACAUACUUUUAAUAGAUAUUACUAGGGAAAAAGAAAAACUUGAAGGCACCAUUUCUUUUCUGUUAAAAAUAUGAGCUUAGGAUAUCUCCAGAUGGUGAUUGAUAGGUGGUAAGUUUAUUUUAAAUACAAAAUUUUAUAAUUUUGUAUUAAUUAGCACUGAUCAGUUUAAAACCACACUGUUAGAAUAGCUAAUUGUAUUUUUUAAAGUAAAUAAGUAUUGACUUGUUUUGCAGCUUUUUCCUUUGUAAGCUAAGUUACCGGAAUAUCCAUGUUUAAAGGAUUUCCAAUGGAUCUUUCAUUUUUAGGUGCUAUUUACUAAUCACAGAACUUAUUUUAUAAUUUAAAAUAAAUUUGGCUGCAUGAUUUUGCUCUGUAUCUUACACUUGUUUUUUCCACUUUCACCUGUUUUUACAACACUGCACUUUUAGUUUGAGCAAAAGGUGUCCUUCCUUUCUAAACUCAACUUGUGCCCUGAAGCCUUCCUCCAUUCUCUCCCAUCUUGUUUCCUGUGUCCUCACAUCAUUAUUCUUCCUUUGUAUAAAUGUGAUAAAUGUCUUCCUUCUGUAGCCCAGAAAAACUAAGAACAAAUUUUCCUGCCACCCUCAUGCUCUUUCUCUUCACAUCCUGACUUUUAGAAUCUUUCAGCCUCCAUUUCCUCCCUUCCCAGUCAUUCCUUAGCCUAUUGCUCCCUGUCUUUAGCUCUCUACUGUUUUCUUAGACUAUCCUGGGAAAGGUGACCAGAGAUUAUCCACUGCUUCCCUCACUCUUGUGAAAUCUGGUAUCUUUUUAUCAGUCUUAAUUCUCCCUUCCUGACCUGCCCAAAGCCGUCUACCCCUGUCAGCCACACCUUCUUUGGAUAGACCUCUCAGAAGAUGCUUUCUUUCCUGGAGGGUCAACCCCAGCUCUCACUCGGUACUGUUUCCCCUGUGUGAUCUCAUCAGUGCCCACUGCUUCAAUUUUCUCUCAUGGUACCUAGAUGUCCUGAUAAACUGGCUUUUCCUCUUGGAUUUUUACAUUCCUUAAGCAUUACCAUUUGUCCUGCCAUUUAAGAUACUUAAUAGGAUUCUCAAAAUCUUGUUUUAUUCUUUCACACUCCUUCAUAUUCCAGUCUUUUUGAGUCUGCUUCCUAAAAAUCCUUGUUAUUUGUCCCCUCUUCAUUUCUGCCACUGUUAGUAAAGGCCCUCAUUCUUUUUACAAAACAAGAAUCUUCUCUAUAUUUUAACUAACUCAUCCUCUUAACCCUUUUUACAUGGUUAGCAUUCUUUGAAAAAAACAUUUCCUGGGAUCGGCAUUGUGGCAUAGUGGGUUAAGCCACCAUCCAUGCUGCCAGCAUCCCAUAUGGGUGCCACUUCGUGUCCCAGCUGCUGCACUUCCAAUCCAGCUCCCUGCUAAUGUGCCUGGGAAGGCAGUGGAAGAUGCCCAAGUACUUGGGCCCCUGCCACCAGUGUGGGAGGCCUGGUCUUGCUCUGGCUGUUGCUGCCAUUUGGGGAGUGACCUGUAAGAUGGAAGAUACAUUUCUCUCUCUCUCUCUCUCUCUCCCCCUCCCUCUCUCCCUCUCCCCCCUCCCUCCCCCACCCCAGCCUUUCAAAUAAAAUAAAUCUUUUUUUAAAAAGUAAAAAAUUUUCUGUUUCCUUACCUUUAUAAAUGUUAUCCACUCUGUCUGCUCUUCUACAGCUAGAACACUCAUCAUUUAAGAUUGGGCUUCUCUGUGAUGGUUGGUCCUGCCUCCAUAGUCAGGGUGCAGCUUAGUACAUGCCCAUGUUAUAGAAUUCAUCAAUGAAUUAUUGACAUUUAAGUGUUGGUAUCACUCAUCUCUGGGACUCUACCACCUGGUGCAGUCCUUCCUGGCACAGUUGGUGCUGAGUAAAUGGUAGCUACUAUUAGAGAAGGAAAGGUGAAAUUGACCUAAGUGUGGUUAUUAAAAUACAGACAAGGAUGCAGUUUUUAAAAAGAUGCUUAACCCAGGAGAAAAAGCAGAGAUGCCAAUAUUAGUUAAGUCUUGUAAAAUAUACUUUUCUUGACCUAUUUGCCUCCCUUUUAAAAACUCUUUUGUAGCCCUUGAGGAUUGAAAAGUUGCAUGAUCUCAUACCCUUGCCUGGUUACUUUGUCCACUGUCAGCAUCUCCCUCCAUGCACAUGGCACCUUCUCCUUGAACAGACACUCCAGUGAUCAUGUCAUCAGUCCCAUCAGAUUUUUUGAAUGUCCAAAAUACAGAGCACCAUGGGAGGUGCCAAAAAUGAUUGAGGUGAAUGAGACACAGCUUUUCCUUUCAAACAUGUCAAUCUUUGUCUUUUUGAGGGACAUAAAAAUUGCAUAAAGUAGAUGAAUUUUUAGUGUAUAGCUUGAUGCGUGUUUAUGUAUGUAAAUACCAUGUAACCACAUUUGCAGCACUCUAGAAAUUUUCUCUGUACCCCUUCCCAGCCCGUACCUACUAUAAAGCAGCAUUUGAUUUUUAUCAUUGGAACCUACUGGCCUUUGGAAUAUUUAACUGUGAGUCUGUGUCAAGAGUGCACAGAAACAGCUGGGCGGUCCACUUCUAACCAGAUGCUUCAGAUCAACUCAUUCUAUCUUCCAUGUUGAGAGAGAAUGGGAAUUGGUGAUUCAGACUGCAAUAGUAGCACCAAAUAAGUUAUCAUAAAUUUAUUGAAAGAUUAUCAUGUGCUGUUAAACAGUAUGGAGAAACAGAAGAGAGACCUUUGUCAGAUAAUACCCAGCCUAUCUACCUCACAGAUUAUUAUACUAAAUAAAAUAAUACAUGAGAAGAAACACUGUAAAUUGUAGGGCUAAUCAAAUAUUAAUAAGCCAAUAUCGGUAUAUCCUGUGGCCCUGAUUCACCUCUACACACUCCUUCUAGUUACCUUGUACACGACAGAGUGAGAAAAAUCACUAUGGGUUAGAUCAGUAAUCAAGAACCUUGAGAUAGGUGUCUUUUUAGAAUGAUCAGCAAUUGUCCAGAUCUGGGGGAUAUUCCCUUCUUUUAGAUUUAUUCUUUGCAGAAACACUUCCUAUGUAGAGUGUGGAUAAAGUCAGUUAAUGACUUCAGUUCUAAAAUUCUGUGAUUUUGAAUUUCUUUGCCAAAGACGAUUAUGAAUCGGGAGUACUUUCACGCUUUCUCAAAGUGAGUCUCAUCAGAGUUAAUGAAGUUGCCACCAAAACUUUCUUUCAUGAAAACUUUUGUUUUCACAGGCUGCAUGUGAAAGAGGGAAAAUUAUAAAAUGCUUUUUGUAUUGCAUAUAGUAGAAAUUUCAUUGUUUGUCUUGAAAGCCCAGGAGUCGAUUCUUAGACAUAAAUAUACGGGUUAUCUGUCUAGUUUUAUGCCUUUGUUUGUCUAAGACUUAGUAAAAUAAGUAUUUUAACUCAUAUCUUAGCAGAGUUCAGUUAAAGCACAGGUUUAAUAACAGUGGGUAAGAUCAAAUCUCAAAAGUAAUCCUGUAUGAAAUUUCAUUUCAUGUGUAUGACAGACCAAAAAACUACUGUUUCAACUACCCCCAAUAAUAAAAAAGAUACAUCAUUUUUUGAAAAGCAAUCCCUCUAUUCUAAAUGUCUGUGGUUUUAGGAUAUGUACUACUUGCUAGUAAUUACCAAUUUAAAGAGGUAGAAUUUACCAUAUUCUAAUAUUCUUACCACUUAUUCCCACAACUUCGUUUACUACUGGGCUUUCAAAAAUUUAAAGAAGUACAAAUAAAAUUCAUUAAACACUUAAUAUGUGAAAUGGUAAUACACAAUAAUUAGUAUGAAAUGUUCUUUAGCAGAUUGAACUUUCAAGGAUAUUAGCAAGUAAAUAUAAAUUUAUGAUAAAAGUAGCAAAUAUUCACCUUUCCCACUUGUUAAAAUUUCUUUAUCUAAUCAAAACAUUACAGCUUUCAAUAAAAUGUAGUUAGAUAUAAGUAAGUUUGGAGUACCUAGGGAUCCAUUUGUUGAAUUGUCUUGAGAUUUCCCUGGCGGGCCACUGGAUUUUUGUGUAAUUAGCUGAUCCUGUUAGCCACUGUAGCACGGUUCUGGUAGUUUUGAGAUGGGAAGGAAAACAUAGAGCUUCUGGUUAAUGAGCCUUCUUAAAUGAAUGAGUCAGACCAGGGAAUCUUUAGAGGCGAUUCUUGUUUUAAAGUAAGUCCUUAAAAAUACUGUUGGCUAUGAUGAAUCUAGAUCCCAGCAGAAUAGCAAAAUAAUUUUUUGUCUGUUCCAAGUAGUAGUAUAUGCUUGAUGACUGGAAAAACAUUGGAGGCACUGCUAAGAAUGAUACUUAAAAGUUCUCAGGUACUGUUCAAUUAUUUAAUGUUAAGUUUAGUAUCGGUAUGCAAUAGUUUUUAAAAUGUCAGAAUGUGUUUUAUUGUACAGAAUAUUUUAUCUUUAUAAUAUCUUUGUAUACAAUGAUUUUUUUCUUUAAUAAUAAAUGGAAAACUUCUAAAAUCCUUGAUAAAAUGUUACUGCUGCUUGGUUUUCAAAGUAUCAACAGAUUUUCUACAUAUUUAUAACAUCUUCCCGGAAAGGUAAUUUUGCUUGCUUACAAAUAGGCAUUUUGGGGGGUGGAUAUUGUUGGACUGCUGCUUGCCUGUAUCCCACAUUGAAGUGCCUGGUGUUGAGUCCUGCCUCUGCUUCUGAUCCACCUCCCUGCAGGGUGAUGGUUCAAUUGAUGGGGUCCCAGCCACCCGCGUGGGAAACCCAGAUGGGAUUCUUGGCCUGUGGCUUCAGCCUGAACCAGCCCCAGUUCUUGCCAGCAUUUGGGGAGUGAACGAGCAGAUGGAAGGUCUUGGCCUCCUCUGCCCCCCAGACUCUGCCUUCCAAAUAAAUAAAAACAAAAACUUUAAAAAAAUGUUUAUGGAAUGCUAAAGCUGAACGCUUGCAUGUGUAUUGAAAUGGUAACUUUGUAGAGUAAUGAAAUGCCUUUUUAAAUUGUUUUGGCUUAAACAACAAAUUAUUUUUUCACAGUUCUAGGGCUGGAAGUUUGAGAUCAAGGAACCAGUAUUGUUGGGUUCUGGUAAGGACUCUUCCAUCUUGCAGAUAUCACAAUUCUUUAUUCAUUCAUCUGGGGCUAGACAUGUAGGUUAAAGAUUCUACGUCUUGGCUAUUGCAAAGAACAUGUGAAUGCAGAUGUAUCUCCAGUAUACUGAUUUCAUUUCCUUUUCACAUAUUAAGUAGUGAGAUUGCUUGAUCUCAUGAUCCGUCUAUUUUUAAUUUGCUGAGGAACUUCCAUAUUGUCUUUAUAAUGGAUAUGCUAAUUUACCUUCCCCUCAAGUAUCAUAAGGGUUCCCGUCUCGCCACGUUUUAACACUUGUUGCCUUUUUGAGAAUAGCAAUUCAAACAGAUGUCAGGUUUUAACUUAAAUUUCCUUGGUGAUGAGCGAUGUUGGGGAAGGUUUCAUAUACCUUAGUAUUUGCAUGUCAGCUUUUGAGAAAUGAAAUGUCUGUUCAGACUUGCCCUUUCCCCUCUGUGUAUUCUUGGCACUUUUGUAAAAAAUCCGCUGACUCAGGGCUGGUGUUGUGGUGUAGAGGGUUAAGCUGCUGCUGAGAUGCCAGCAUCCCAGAUUUGAGUUCCGGCUGCUCCGCUUUGGAUCUAGCUCCAUGGCUGAUGGUGUGCCUGGGAAAGCAGCAGCAGAUGGCCCAAGGACUUGAGCCCCUGCCACAAGCGUGGAAGACCUGAUGAAGCUGCUGGCCUGGCCAAGUACUGGCUAUUGCGGCCCUUUGGGGAGUGAUAUCUCUGGAAGAUAUCUCUGUCUCUCCUUCUCUAAUUCUGCCUUCCAAAAAAAAUAAACAAAAACAAAAAAACAGGUAAAUCUUUAAAAGAUCACUUUGGGUAACAAUGGAUGUUUUAACAAUAUUGAUUCUCCCAACCUAUGAAUGUGUGGUAUCUUUCCAUCCUUCCAACAGUGUUUAUAGUGUGGAGAUGUUUCACCUUUAUACUUCCAAUGUAGAGCUCCUUCACUUUCUUGGUUAAAUUUAUUCAUAAGCAUAUAUUUUUGUGAAGCUAUUGUAAAUGAGAUUUGAUUCUUGGUUUUUCAGACUACUGACUGUUCUAUGUUGAUUUGGGGUCCUGCAAAUUUAUUGAAUUUGUAUAUUCAAUAAAUAUACAAAGUUUUUUGGUGGAUUAGGGUUUUCCUUAAGUAAAAUCACGUUCUCUGCAAACAGGGAUAAUCUAACUUCUUCCUUUCCAAUUUAAUGUCUAUUAUUUUUUUUCUUCCCUAAUUGUUCUUGCCAGCACUUCCAGUACUGUGUUGAAUAGAAGUGGUGAGAGGGGACAUCCUGUGUUGUCUGUGAUCUUUGAGAAAGGCCUUCAGUGCUGUACUCUGCUAUGGUGUUGGCUGUGGAAUUGUCAUGUAUGGUCUUUAUUGUGUUGGGUUAUGUUCCUCCUAGAUGUAGUCUAUAGGCAGUUUUUAUGAAAGGAUGGUAAAUUUUGUCAAAUGCCUUUUCUGCAUCUAUUGAGAUGAUGUUUUUUGGCCUUUAAUUUGUUGAUGUAUAUCACAUUUAUAGAUUUGCAGGUUGAACCAUCCUUGUAUCCUCGAGAUAAAUCCCACUGUAUCAUGGUAAGUGCUUUUUCAAGUGCACUAUUAAAUUUGGUGUGUAUUUUGUUGAAUUUUUGCAUCUGUGUUCAUCAGAGACAUUGGCAUGUAGUUUGUUUAUUGAUAAUGUCCUAAUCCAGCUUUGAUAUCAGGGUAAUGCUAGACUCACAAAUGGACUUCAGAAUUCCCUUCCCUUCCAUUUUUUGGGAAGAGUUUGACAAGGACUGGUAAUCAUUCUUUAAAUGUUUUGUAAAAUUCAGUAGUGAAGUUAUAAGGCCUCUGACUUUCAAAUAAAUAAAUAAAUCUUUAAAAAAAAAAAUAGGAGAC